AUGGCUUCCAUCAACGGCUUGGAUGACCUGGAUUACCUCUCUCCCGACUUCGACCUCAACAGUCUCACUGUCCCCCGGCUUCGUGCCAUUCUCGUCAGCCACGAUGUCUCCUACCCAGCCUCGGCCAAGAAGGCCCAGCUCAUCCGCAUCCUUGAGGAGGAAAUCUUGCCCAAGGCUAAAAAGUUGCUGCGAGAACGCGAGCGUGUUCGUCGGACCAGUGCAGGCAUUACUGAUAUGAGCAGCCAGUCCACGUCCGCUACGAACGACGAUGAUGACGCCGAUGAGCCGGAUAGGGAAUCCAUGCCGCCGCCACCAACUCCGUCCACGACAUCAACCGUGAGACGAGGCCGCUCCAGACCGAGUACACGGGCUUCUACAGCAGACACUGACGAGAACACGAUGCCUCCUACGCCAAAUUCUACACGCAGACGCCCUGGUCGGCCCAGCAGAAAUACCCGUGUGUCGGAUACAGAGACCGGGGAGGACACUGUCGCUACACCAUCGAUGGCAGAUGCUACUCCUCAGACAAGAUCCACAACACGGAGAACACGGAGAAGCGAGGCCUUGCACUCGACGGAAGCAGUCGAACCAUCUCCGAGCAUUAAGACGGAGAGUCGGGAUGGCAGUGUGUUCACCGAUGACAACCCAUUCCAGAGCGGAAGCUCGCCCACAUCGUGGGACCAGACGCCCCGCGCCCAGACUGUGAGUGGGGACCGGAAACGGAGGAGCACUCCUCGCGUGUCUGCGGAAAGUGGUCUGGCCAAGGAAGAGCGGUGGAAGAGGACGUCGGAGGUACCAGUGAAGGUGAAACAGGAAGAGGAUGACAUUGUUGCCACAAAGUCCGCAUUCCAAUCCCCAGUCUCCCGCUUGAGGACGCCUUCUCCAAAGGUGGAGGAAGACUCAGAGGACGAGGAAGUUGUCGCUGGCGAAGAGUUCACGCCAGAGGAGCAGUUGGCUUUGGAGACGGAAGAAGCGGAAAACCGCCGUGCCGUCACUGCUCGUCGUCGACCCCGCAAGCAGGGUGCGGCAUCCCGGGCGGCUCCCUGGAUAGUGAUCCUGGCGCUUUUGCUCGGGUUUGGCGCUUGGUGGCGAAAGGAGAAGAUUGAGAUUGGUUUCUGUGGGGUGGGAAAGACUCACUGGUCGCUAGAGGAGACGAAUGUACCGGAAUGGUUUGAUGUAUUAGAACCGCAGUGCGAGCCUUGUCCGCCGCACGCAUUCUGCUAUCCGGGAUUCGAGGUGCAGUGCGAGCGCGACUUCAUCCUCAAGCCGCAUCCGCUGUCGCUGGGCGGACUGGUGCCUUUGGUGCCGACGUGCGAACCGGACAGCGAAAAGUCACGUCGCGUCAAGGCGGUGGCGGACCGAGCGGUGGAAGAAUUGAGGGAGCGGCGUGCCCGGUACGAAUGCGGGGACGGACAGGAAGUCAAGUCGGCUGCGGUCAGCGAACCGGAACUGAAGCAGACGAUGAUGAAGAAGAAGCGGAAGGGGAUGAGCGAUGCCGAAUUCGAUGAUCUCUGGAAAGGCGCAAUCGGCGAGAUUGUUGCACGAGAGGAAGUGACGAGUCAGCAGGGACCCUCCUCCGUCCUCACGCUCUCAUCCACCUCACUCGCGCGACUCCCGAUCGGCUGCGCCCUCCGCCGCCACCUCCGACUUUCUCUCCUCGCAUAUCGACUCCCUCUUUCAAUUCUAGUCAUUGCCGUGGCGGGACUGGCCUACGUGCGGAGGCAGAUUCAGGCGCGACGCUCGGACAUUGCCCGCGUCCCUGAGCUCGUGAGCACGACCCUUGAUCGUCUCUCGACGCAGGCGGCAUUGUAUGCCCGUGGAGAGGCUCCCGAGCCGUGGAUCCCGAUCGGGCAGCUGCGGGAUGACGUCUUGCGCACCGAACUUCGCGGCAGUCGGCGCGAGGAGCUCUGGAAGCGGGUGCGGAGUGUGGUGGAAGGCAAUGCCAACGUGCGGGCGGCCGUCCGGGAGGGCCGCGGGGGAGAGGUUUCCCGGGUGUGGGAAUGGAUCGGAGGGAUUGGCAGCGUGGAUAGCGUGCGUCGGGAGAGUGGCCGUGUUCGUUUCUCGCUAUCGCCUGGCGAGAAGAUGGGUUCGGAGGAGCAGGAUGGUGAUAAAGGAGCUCGGAGGGAGUCACGGAAGUGGGAUGAAGGACGGCCUAUUUACUGA